AUGGCUCUGGCAUGGCAACCACAAGAAGAGGGUCUUGUACAGAUAUUGACAUUGUUGAAAGAAUCACAGUCACCAGAUACAGCUACUCAAAGAGCAGUUCAACAAGUAUCCUUAAAAUUUAAAAUCACAUGGUAUGUUGAAUGCAAAUUAGAUGUUUGUGAUGGUGCAUUUGGAGCUUUGCAGAAAAUCUGUGAAGAUUCAGCAGAAGUGCUUGACAGUGAAGCUUUAGACCGACCACUAAAUGUUCUCAUUCCAAAGUUCCUACAGUUUUUCAGACAUAGCAGUCCAAAGAUCAGAUCUCAUGCAAUUGCCUGUGUUAACCAGUUUAUUAUCAGUAGAACCCAAGUACUGAUGAUGCAUAUAGAUCAAUUUUUGGAAAACUUGUUCCAUUUGGCAUCAGAUGAAGAUCCAGAGGUGAGGAAGAAUGUGUGCCGAGCUCUAGUCAUGUUAUUGGAAGUCCGUAUGGAUCGUCUCAUUCCACACAUGCACAGUAUUAUAGAGUAUAUGCUGAUGAGAAGUCAAGAUUCGGAUGAUGGAGUGGCACUGGAAGGAUGCGAGUUUUGGCUGUCUCUAGCAGAACAACCUAUCUGUAAAGAUGCUCUGUCACCCCACCUACCACGACUCAUUCCAGUGCUUGUCAGAGGAAUGAAAUACAGUGAAAUAGAUAUUAUUUUAUUGAAGGGUGAUGUUGAAGAAGAUGAAAUGAUACCAGACCGUGAGGAAGAUAUUAAACCAAGAUUUCAUAAAUCUAAAACACACAGUCAGAAACACAUGGAUGAUAAUGUAGAAGAGGAUGGGGAUUCAGAAGACGGAUUAGACGACGAUAAUUCAUUGUCAGACUGGAAUCUAAGAAAGUGUUCUGCAGCAGCAUUGGAUGUACUUGCUAAUGUUUUCCAUGAAGAGCUUUUACCUGUACUUCUUCCCAUUCUUAAAGAAACACUUUUUCAUCAGGACUGGGAGAUUAAGGAGUCAGGAAUUCUGGCUCUUGGUGCAAUAGCUGAAGGUUGUAUGAAUGGCAUGGUCCCACACCUUUCUGAGUUGGUUCCGUACUUGAUCACUUGUCUGAAUGACAAGAAAGCACUUGUUCGAUCAAUUACGUGCUGGACCCUAAGUCGUUACUCCCAUUGGGUUGUGGGGCAACCUCAUGACAUGUAUCUCAAGCCUUUAAUGACAGAGCUAUUAAAAAGAGUGCUGGACCCCAAUAAGAGAGUACAAGAAGCAGCUUGUAGUGCAUUUGCCACUUUGGAAGAAGAGGCAUGCACAGAGCUGGUUCCUUAUUUAGGUUUUAUCCUGGAAACACUGGUGUUUGCAUUCAACAAAUAUCAGCACAAAAACCUCCUAAUUCUCUAUGAUGCUAUUGGAACUCUGGCUGACUCUGUGGGACAUCAUCUUAAUAAGCAGGAAUACAUCAACCUUUUAAUGCCCCCGCUAAUUCAGAAAUGGAAUAUUCUAAAGGAUGAUGACAAGGAUCUCUUUCCUCUACUAGAAUGUUUGUCCAGUGUUGCAACAGCUCUUCAGGCAGGUUUUCUUCCAUAUUGUGAACCAGUUUUUAAGCGUUGCGUGUCUCUUGUGGAACAGACACUUAAUCAAAAUAUGGCGAAUGCUGCACAUCCCGACCAGUUUGAGGCACCAGACAAAGAUUUUAUGAUAGUAGCUCUGGAUCUGCUCAGUGGUCUAGCAGAAGGUCUCAAUGGUCACAUGGAACAGUUGGUUUUGUCCAGCAAUAUUAUGCAGCUUCUGUUCCAGUGUAUGCAGGAUCCAAUACCCGAAGUAAGGCAAAGCUCCUUUGCUCUUCUUGGUGAUCUCAGCAAAGCAUGUUUUCAACAUGUAAAUCCAUGUAUCUCCGACUUUGUGCCUAUCCUUGGCCAGAAUUUGAACCCAGAGUUUAUUUCUGUCUGUAACAAUGCUACCUGGGCCAUUGGUGAAAUAUCUGUGAAACUUGGUUCUGAAAUGAAGCCAUAUGUUCCAAUGGUAUUGAAUCAGUUGGUUGUGAUCAUCAAUAAACCAAACACACCAAAAACAUUGUUAGAAAAUACAGCCAUAACAAUUGGCCGCCUUGGUUACGUAUGUCCCGAAGAAGUCGCCCCUAUGUUACAGCAGUUUAUACGCCCGUGGUGUGCUUCUCUUCGUAACAUUCGGGACAAUGAAGAGAAAGAUUCUGCCUUCCGAGGAAUUUGUAGCAUGAUUGGAGUUAAUCCUGGAGGUGUAGUGCAGGACUUCAUCUUUUUCUGUGAUGCAGUGGCAUCAUGGGUUAAUCCCAAGGCAGACCUUAAGCAGAUGUUCUAUGAGAUUUUUCAUGGAUUUAAAAACCAGGUUGGUGAAGCUAACUGGAAGCGGUUUUCUGAACAACUUCCAGCUCCUUUGAAAGAACGACUGCUAGCUAAUUAUGGUGUCUGAGGACUUUCUACUAAACCAUUGAAAGUAUCAGGAGAACAGAACAUAAUUAGCGAACCCCAUUGGGGUAGGGGACAAUUCUUCAUGCUAGGGGAAGGGGCAGGGCAUCAAUGGGAAGAGGGAUGGGAUGUUAGGUUAAGAAAUUGCUUUGUUGUGUAUAUUUAUAGGUAAUCUACAAGAAUAUAACACUUCAAUGACAGCCGUUUAGUUUUUAGGAAGUUCUUAUUUUGGGGUGUGGUAUGACAUGCCAGAUAUCCUCUGUGGAUUAGUCUUGAUUAGGUAAUUUUAUAGUUAAUUAUUGCAAUAGAAUCUGCUAAGUGGCUGUCUCUAGGCUUGAAAGCAGGUUCUCAACACUAGUAGUUAAGUUUUUGUUGUAAGUCCAUACUAAAAUAGGUUUAAGUUAGCAAGUAAGAAUCACAUAUUCUGAGGAACAAAGCUGUGGUUGAGUCCUUCUCCCCAGGAGAAUAUAUAUAUAUAUAUAUAUAUAUAUAUAUCUAGAGAGAGAGGGCUAGGAUAUUAAAUAUUUACUUUUAGUAAUUAUUUCAAAUAUGAUCUAUUAAAUAUUUAGAUGUUAAGAAAAUUAUUAGUCGUGGAAAGUCCAGCCAUUCAAGAAAGAAUGUAAUAGAAACCUAAGCUACAGUUCCUCAGAAAGUGUUUGUUUGUAGCCUCAUUCUUGUCAUGAUAGCCUCACCCCCACUUCAUUUUGUCUACAUGUGCUGUCUACGUGUUGACGUCAAGUGCCUUAUGUUCCUGUCUUGUUCCCCAUUAGCACAUUUUUUGGGGAGGGGGAGCAAAGUGGGUAAGGGAGGUUUGCUCAACUCAGUUAAAUAUUUUAUUCUGGGGAGUUAGGUAAUUAAAUAGUUGGAGGGCAGGUAAAUGAGCCUUCAGCAGUAUAUUAUGUACAUGUGAUAAAGUAGCACUUAAAAGUGGGUACAAAACUUGUCACAAGCUCUUCACUCCUCAAGGUGAGUGUAGGUUGUGAGUUAUAAUAGCUGUAAAUUAAUUUGUUAUAAGUGAGUAUAAUAAGUUUCUUCUUCAGAAGUUCAACUAAAACCAACACUUGCGUGUAUUCCAAAGCCAGUACCCCAAAGAGAAAUCAUAUUAGUUGGUGAUAUAAAUGAAGGAUAAGAGCAGCUGUGAGUGUAUUUUCAGCGUAGUUUUUUAAAAUUUAAGCUGUAAUAUUAGUAGCAUUAUUCUUGAAGUUCAAUAAUAAUGGAAAGCCUAAAACUACAUUAAAAUAGGUGGGAGUUGUAUGAUGAUCAAAAUGUUUGGGCAGUGUUUGAACUUUGAGAUUGUAUUUGGACAAAGUCAAUCGUGCAUGAUAAAGAGGUUUUACUAUCAUAGAACUAAUCAUUGAACUUCUAACCAGUGUUCUCAGCAUAGUGAAAAAUUUAUUUCAGAUGGUACAGGUGUACCUCUUACGUACAAUCAUUUUUACUGUACAAGAUACUUUUUACAAAAAACUAUUAGUUUUUUUUAAUUGUAGAAUAUGCUUUACCAGAGUUAAUGUGAUGGAAGUUAAAUUUUAUUCAUGCUGCCAAAAUAUAAUUUUAAACGAGCUUUUGCAUAACCAGUCUGAGAGUAGUAAUUUUAAAUUGAUGUAAUACUUUUAGCAGGAGAAGGAAUAGGUAGGUUUUAUUUGUUAAAAAUGUGUAAAAUCAUGUCUUAGCUAAAGGUUUGAGAGCUAUUUGUAUUGGUGAUAUUUGGUUGAAGUACUGUACUUAAUUCUUCCAGAUAAUGAUGAGCUGUUUCUAGAUGACCUCACAGUAAUGCUCAUUUAUAAAGUUUUUAGGUGCUGGUGCACCAUUAUGCUGGUCAGAAGUGAUAUUUUUUUUAGGCUGUGAUGUAAUACAUUAUUGUUUUUUUUUUCUUAUAAUUGAUCGCGUAUGAAAAAGGGUGGGUGGGUGGGUGACUGUGUGUGUAACCCCAUCUGUAUGCUUUUCUCUGUGUGUGUGUGUGUGUGCAUGCAUGUGUUCUUCAGUAUGAGUGAAUAUCUUACACUUGAUGCAUCUUCAUUACCAAUUCCGAUACAACUAAAACAUUGUAAUAAAUCAUUGCUAGCCAAUAAGAGAAACGUCCAGAAAUUUUUCUUACAAAAAAUAAUACAAUCACACAUUUUUUGUAAAAGUAUUCUCUGCUGAAAUAGAGGUAUAUAUAAUGCAUAGUCAUGUUAACAAACUUGCUUUAUAUGUAUGUCACUUUUCACAAUAAGUUUCAGUUUUUGAUUGUUUUAAGCUUAAUUUUCCAAUUUCAGUUAGCUUGUAUCAAGCUAGUGAUAAUUAAAAAUGAAUUUUAGCAAAAGUUUGGUAACGAUGAUUUUUUGUUUUUUUAAUGUGAUUCAAAAGUGUACAGAAACAUAAUUUUUAGUUAAUAUGAAAAGUGGAGUUUGUUUAUUACAAAUAUACAGGCAGACGUGGUUAAACAGAAGAACAAAAUUUUCAUAUUAUUUGAACUGAUGUAGUAUCAUCAUUUUUGUUUUAAUACUGUGAAUAAUUUUGUAACUUCCCUAUUACAGUGUUUAUUUGUUUUUAAAAGCACUGGACAUCCUUCUGUUAGAAAGAUAAAUUUUGAUAUUAUAAUUUGAGGUAACCCCCCCUCCAAAAAAAAAGUUAGGACGUGGUAGUGUCAAAUUAGCUACUUUCCUUUUGAAGAUUAAGUAGUUGAAAAUGAUUUUUAGGAAGUGGAAGUUAAAAUAUGCUGAAUUGGCAGGUUUAAUAAAGCUGGUCACAUUUUAAUAGCUGAUUUUCUUAUAGUUCCUCUUAAAAUUUAUGGUUGAAUUAACAAAUGGUUUGCAUUACACCUUGUUCUAAUCUAUAAACAGGACUCAUUUAACCAAGCAUUUAAAAUAUUUUCUGUAGUAACUAGCAUCCUUGAACAAUAUUAGCUACAUUUCUUCUGUAGUCAUUAGAAUUUAUGGCUAGUAGCUUUUGAUAGAUGUGUAGGAAAAGUUCAUCCUUAAAUUACACUAGUCCCUUUCCAAUAUAAACCAGUCAUUUAAAUUAUAAAAGUAACUUUUGUGUGAAAAAUGCAGUGGUUGCUUUCAAUUAACUUAAAGCAAUGUUUAUUUUUAUUAGUGUUUAACAAGUGCAAUGUAUUAUGGACAGCACCAGUAACAGAGGCCACAUAAAUAAAACUUUAAAGUUAGUCUGUAAUCAUAUAUACUAAUGUUAAUUUUAAUAUUGUAAAAUAUAUAAAUAAGUAUUUUGUAGGAUAAUAGAUGUAUUGAAUUCUGUUGCUGCUGGGUUUGACAUUUGAUAGCAGUAAAAUAAGGUUGUCUAUUUCACAUUGCAUGUUGAAAAAAUAUUAAUGUUUUAUGUCAUUGUGCUGGAAUGAAUGGGUGUUCUCAUCACUGUUAUCAUGUUAGGCUGUUAAACUCUCCAGACCUUGGGGCCAUAAUUGUAAGUACUACUUUAAGGAAAUUAUAGCUGUAAGUUUAACUUAAGUACAAAUUGUUGAUUAAUGUAUCAGCUGUAUUUGGAAAAAUUUGCUUGUUUUAGAUCAAUAAACUUAGUUGUUCUGUGAA